UAUGGUUCAACUUCGAUCAAAAUCAAUUCUCCUCACUGGUUAUUUAGAAUAUCUUUUGGACAAGCAACUUAAUGGUUUAGGAUACAAAAAUAUCACGCCACAUGAUCCUCAUCGGCGCGGCUGUCAAAUUUCUCUCGUGUUUGAUGAGGAUAAAUUAGAUAAAGUGAUUAAAGGAUUACUGAGCCACGGUGCAGUUGUUGACGAAAGAAGUCCUGAUUGUAUCAGAAUUGCACCUAAUCCUAUGUACAAUAGUUUUUCUGAAGUAUUUAGGUUUGUCAAGGCUUUAAAAACUAUUAUGGGAGAUUUGGGAUUUAAAUUUGAGGCUAAAAAGUAA